ACUCACCUGCUGACUAACAUCAGGUCACAACGUCGUGUUGAAGUCGCUUGGUUCACGGCACUGAAACACAAACACACAGAAUGGAUUCUUGGCUCAACAUGGUGCUGAUGUGUGGACUUCUGCUAGUAGCGUCUCUUCAGACAACCAACGCGUUCAGAUUUCGACGGUCCAAAAGCGACAGGAAUCAAAUGCUGUAUACAAAUAUCCACAGUCUCCAAGCGCAUUAUAACACGAAAGGACCAGAAUGGCUUGGAAAGUCAGUUUUUGCGUCUUAUCUGGACCAGCUGAAUUCCAAGGAUUCCUGCUCUUGUGAGGCGCUGUUGCUUGAAAGAAUGCUGAAAAUCUAUGAAGACAUCUUCCAAGACAUGCUAAACAAGUCUGAGGAGAAAGAAGUGAAAGCCAGUCUAAACACUGUAAUGAAUGAGAUGCACAAGCUGAAACACAAGUACAGUGAAGAACAGAAAGUAUGGAGUGAGCUUCAGGACAUUCACUCAGUCAAGGUGAAAAAUGGAACAGUCCAAGGAGGAGCAUUAAAUGACUUUCUCAUGGUGUUUAAGCGGGCCUACACUGAAAAACAUCAAUGACAAGGUGCAAUGAGGAGAUCCCAAAGUCUUGUCUUCAAUGUAGUAAACUAGUGCUUUGCUGUUGUAUUAGCUUAUUUAUUUAUAAAUUAUGUAAAAAUAACUAUUUAUUUUUUAUUUUGUAAUGUACUCUACUACACCAUAACACAAAGGAACUUAACUUAAAAUCUAACUUAUUCUCAUUACAAGUGUGUUUGCUUCAUUUACAGUGUACUGAAAUGGUAAAUGUUGGUUAUUAACUCUGGAUUUGCUUGAAAUAUUUUGAGAGCUUCACUGGCUGAAUGGGUAAUUGAAAUAAACAUAUUUUGCA